CACCUCGGGGCUUAAACACUCGCGUGCGUGUGCGCGCGGAUGAGGGGACUUGAUUUGUCCCAAAAGCUGCUGCGUUUAGUCUGUGCGCUGAGCGCAGGGGAAUGAGUGGAGCGCGAGCGGUGGGACUGAGACUGGAGUCUGGAGGGAGUUCUGGAGGACGCAGUGGGGUCACAGUUUACCUCCGGAACUGGGAUUAAACCGCCUGGGAUUAUGCCACUUCAUUCCUGUAUCACUCGGAGGAAUCCUGCUUUAGUGUCUUUUCUGGACUGCUCGCAUGUGCCAGUUCCUUCCUAACAGCGCUUUACUGCUCAAGUCCAUGACCGGAGAGGCAGCAGGACAGAGAGAUGGAAAGGGGUGGAGAAAUCAAGAGCAUCGAACUGCAGCAUCUACCCACAGUCACCUGAGCUACUGGAAGGUGAUGCUCUUGAUGUGCGUGUGUCUGCUGGGUCUUGUUGAUGGGUUGAUGCUUACAGAGGACAGAGAAGAGUCCCAGCCUGCUGCACUGAGGGCCGAAGCUAAAAUGGCACAAAACCAGCAGCACCAGCCACGGUGGCAGAGCAAAACUGCCUGGGCUGACCUUUAUGACCCAUCCUUGGUGGAGGAAGGUGAGGAGUUCAAGAGCAGGUGGCAACGUUCUCCAGCAGGCUCUGCUGCUUCCGGAAAAAAAAGAGGCAAGGACCGCAAGAGCCGAAAGCGGCACAGAGACAACGGGGACUGUCGUCUGGAGAAGAAGCAGCUGCGGGUGCGUGACCUGGGGCUGGGCUACGAUUCGGAUGAGAUUGUACUGUUUAAAUACUGCGUGGGGACGUGUGAGAAAUCCCGCAAAAACUACGAUGUGGCACUCAAAUACUUAAUGGACAAUGGUGGUAUCACAGAACCCAAGGUUAGUACUCAGCCCUGCUGCCGGCCAACACGCUUUGAGACUGUCUCCUUUAUGGAUGCUCGGACCAUCUGGCAGACCAUCAGAUGGCUCUCUGCGGCCAACUGCAGCUGUGUGGGAUGA